AUGCGCGAGAUUGUAUCCAAUCAUCAGCUAUGCGUUCGAACAUAUCCAACCAACCAGAAUGAUGCCUUUGUGCCCAAUGUCAAUGUUGCGCUGUUGACGAGGUUGAUCCACGAUGGCACUGCCAAUUUGCUACCCGGUCGUGAUCUGAAGGGUAAACGAAAAGCAUCCAACGAUAUAGAACAAGAAGAAAGGGAAUCAAAACGGGCAAGAAAUUCUGCAAAUUUGACCAGUAACACAAAGGAGAGUACUCAGCAAUAUCGUGUCACGGUCAGCUAUCCAACGAUCUCUUCACUGCGGUCCCAAGAUAUGCCUCACCAUGGUGAGAUGGCACCUAUUUUGCAUCAUCUCCUGAAUAUACACUAUGAUAGUGACUUGACCCAGGAUAUUGGGUUUGCUAGACCAGACCCAGUCUCCCUCGACAUUUGGAACAGAGAGGAUGAUGAACUGCAGGCGGCUCUGCUGGCAUUGAAUGGGUCCAGCCUCGAUUUGGGAAUUGUCAGGAUUACCCAAGACGGUGAACAUGUAGUUAUCGUAUCCGGAAAAGGGGAAUGGUUGCUUACCACUCCUUCCCUUCGUAUCGACGCCAACUCUCACGACAUUCAGUCUGAAUCGGCCGUUGAUCUUCUACUUGCCAUCCGGACACUGCAACUGAUGGGGAGGUCGCACCUCGAAGCCAAGUUGAAAGUACUGCCUCCAUCAGAAUCUUUUUUCUUUUCUUUGCAGCUAGAGUAUACGGCAUCAAUCGUUCUCCCUGCAAUUAUGAAACCGUUUUCAUCUAAACGCGUCAGCAAGAAAGAUGUGCACUCGCGUCAGGAUGCUCGGCGACGAUUUUUAACCGCAGCUUGGGUCUAUGACGAUAUGCAUGACUCCGGUGGCAAAGCCAUGACAGUGUCCUCAUUUUAUUCUACGAUGGGACCUGCUCCGCCGUUACCAUCUCCGGAGGCGACCAAGGCCAUGCAACCGGUUGCCCUCUCUUCCACAUUGCUUCCUUUCCAACUCCGUAGUGUUGCCUGGCUUUUAGAACGAGAAGGCAUAUCAGUCACUUCCGACGGCAAACUCGUCCCACAGGAGUCUUCUGGCCAAUUUUCGUUUUGGAGUGAGGUUAAAGAUGGUGAACGAACUUGGUAUUACAAUCGCUUGAGUGGUGAGCUAGCAGAAGAAGCACCCGAGUUGCCUACGAUACACGGUGCAAUGUUGGCAGAGGAACCGGGGUUGGGUAAGACUGUAGAAACCAUUGCUUUGAUGCUUCUCAACCCAGCCCCUAAGGACUGGAAUCCUAGUUUGACACGGUGGGAUCCCGAUGGGCAUCUUGAUGUCAAAGCCAUCAAAAGCACUUUGAUUGUUACUCCUCCUUCGUUGGCAUCGCAGUGGAAGACAGAGUUGGCAAACCAUGCACCCUCUCUCAAAGUUCUUAUGUACGACGGAUGGACCAAAGUUAAAGUCCCCAUCAGUAAAACAAAGUGGGGCCUUGAACGAUUCAAGAAGGUAGAAUUAGAAUCAAGGCCCAAGAAAAAAGGCAAAUCCAAAGCACGGAAUGUUGAAGAGGACGGGUCAAAUUCGCGAAGUGAUGACGGUGAAGUCCUCGAGUGGUGUGAGUACGUGCACCAAUUUGAUGUGGUAAUUACCACAUAUAAUGUGCUGAGGAGCGAGAUUCACGUCGCGCGUCCUCCGCCAGACAGACCGAAAAGAGAAGAGGCGUCUUAUCAUACAUCUUCGCGGCUUAGGAGCCCUCUGGUCAUGGUUGAGUGGAAGCGCGUAGUUAUGGAUGAGGUUCAAAUGGUUGGUGGUGGACAGGCUGCUGAGAUGGUGUCUCUUAUACCCCGCCUAUCCUCUUUGGCCGUCUCAGGCACACCGGCUAAAUCGCAGAUGUCGGACCUUAUUCAUGUUCUCAAAUUUUUGCGCAUCGAUCAACUUGUUGGCGAUCUACGCCUUUGGAAUAGACUUUUGAAACCGGGGUUCGCCAAAGACUUCGCGGCUUUUUUGAAGCAUUAUGGAAUUAGGACAAUGAAGUCCUGCGUGACAUCCGAAUUGACGAUUCCUCAACAAACGCGAUACCUUGUUGGGAUUGACUUAGGUCGAGUUGAGCAACAUGUUUACGACCAGACCCUUGAGGCAAUCUUACAGCAAUUGGGUCUUGAUGCGAGAGGAAUUGCCGCUACCGAGGGCUGGCAGGUUAAUGGAAAUCUCCUACGAUCUGCUAUUCGUCGGUUGCGUGGGAUCUGUACACAUCCUCAAGUUGGUCAAUUACAGAAACGGGGAGAUGGUCUCUAUAAACCGGGCGCUCUGAAGACCAUCGAUGCUGUCCUUCAGUCGAUGAGAGACCAGAACUGGAAAAAUCUAAUGGAAGAUUGGAAAGCCAAAAUCCAGCUUAUGAUCCGUUACGCACAACUGCAACAGAAAGACGACACGGUUCCUAAUCACCAACAAAACGCACUGAGAACUCUGGUUCUUGUCGAGGAAGAUACCAACAAACACCUGGAAGAAAUCAAAGAUGCCUUGACGAAACAUGACGCGAAAGGCAAGAUCUUGAUAGAAGAAGCCGCUCAACUGCGCCAACAACGGGAAGUCUCAGCUGAAGCUGGCGAGCCGAACGAAAAAGGAAAGGGAAAGGCUCGCGAUAGUGCAGACGGUCGUGAAGAUGAUGGCGGGGAAGACGAAGAUCCGGAGGAAAAAGGUCUUCCUAAGACACCAGCGGGAGAAGAACACCGCGUGAAACGCAGAACGCUGAAGAGCCGCCUGCGCGAGGGGUAUGUACUACUCCAUAGGGUCAAGUUCCUACAGGGUGAUGUUUAUCAUGUCCUGGGACGAUCCAACGACGAGGACGCAGCCUAUCAGGCUGCAGAACAGUUGCGGCGUCAGCUUUUAAAAGUAACUGAAAAUGAAGCUGCCAAAGCGAUGAGUAUGCUCAACGGACCGAAUUUGAAGCCUACUGUGACUCUAAAUGAUUUAAUUAUCGAGCUCCCCUUGCUGGGCAAGGGAGGAAUUAGGUCUACAGAUUUGAUGGAAGAAGCUAACACCAUCGUGGAUGAAGUUCUCAAUGACCAGUCUGAUCUUACGUGGGAAUGGAGAACCCACAUCAUGGAGUUGUUAACGAAGCCCUUGAAUCCAGGGGGCGCAGAAGACGACGUCGAUGGUCAAGAGUAUCAGCGCACUCUGGAUGACCAAGGUGAGGCUGAAACGUACCUGCAGGCAUAUGCUGCCAUUUUAUCCGACCGCAGAGAAGCUCUCGUCAAUGAGCGCACGUUGUUGGCGGCACAUGAAGUCCGUGAAAAACAAGUGCGCCAAACUAAAGCUGCGUUGAAGGCAGCCACCGCUGCUGCUGAAGCGUUGGACGUCCCUGAAGGUCUAGAUAUCAAGCCAGAGCACGAGGUGUUGCAUGAGGAGCUAUCUUCUCAACGCAAGGAUAUAUUGAUUCGUCUAGAUGGGAGGUCUGUGAAGAGCAUUCUUAUUGAUCUAAACGGCGUUGCUGUGAAGAUAUUACAAGAAAACAACCCGGAAAAAGUUAUUGUUAGGGAAGCUAUCGAUAAAUUGCGACGCUUUAUUUCUGAGCAGAAUUCCUUGUACGAAAAGCUUGAUGCGGACCUGGCCCUUCUCAGAAAAGCAUUCAAUCAAAGGAUUCUCUACUUCCGGCAAUUGCAGGAAAUUUCAGACUCGGUGGCUGAUGUUGAGUGGGAAGAAGCUUCAGCGGCGGACGCAGGCCUGGCGUGCGUCACGGAGAAAAACGAGUUGGAAGCAAAAAUCAAUACUACGCGUGCACGGCAGCGAUACCUUGAUAACCUCGCAAAAAAUCAAGAUGAAGGUAUAAUGGAUGAAGAUGACAAAACAUGCAUUCUCUGUCGAAGUGAAUUCAUCAGAGGAUUUAUUACGCAAUGCGUGGCUAUCAACCCAGAUAGCGUGCAACGAUUCACAGUGAAUGCUGCACAGAUCGAACCUCCUCCUCAGCCAGUAUUGGGAGAGCCCGCCCCUCAAUCUCGCCGACAGAUUGAGUACAACAGAAUUGAUCCAGCCAUUUUCAAAGAUAUUCAAACUAUGGAGACCUAUGGCGAUUUCGGAAGCAAGAUUCAAACACUGAUUCGGCAUAUAUCAUAUAUCAAGCACAUCGACCCAGGUGCCAAAAGCAUAGUGUUUUCGGCUUGGGCCGAUUCAUUACAUAUUGUCGAACGGGCAUUCUCGGAAAAUGGGAUACCAUGCUUGAGAAUAGAUCAGGGUUCAAAAAAUGCCGCCGAGAAGUUUGCGGCGGAUCCUGAUAUUCUUGUUCUUUUGUUACAUGGAGAGCGAGAAAAUGCUGGUUUGAAUGUCACUUGUGCAUCUCGGGUAUUCCUUCUUGAGAGUGUAGUUCACCACAGUUUCGAGAUUCAAGCUAUUGCGCGGAUUGACCGCCUUGGCCAAACGCGACCCACAGAAGGUACAAUUGAACGCAACAUUCUCGACCUCGCUGCUCGAAAAGGGCUAUCAUUAUAUACCAAGGAAAAUUCUCAUGGUACUGUGAAUGUGUCGCCGUUCAAUCAAGACAACGAACAAGAUGUCGAUAAUCCUGAAAGGCGCAAGGGACAGCAACGAGGAGACUUCAUCCACAAAAUUGACGAUAUGCUUUCGAUAUUAUUCCCUCACAUGUUUGAGGAUCUGGAAUAUCUUCUACCUCCAUCUGUCGCUUUACCCUUUGAUCCCUCGAUAGACGAGGUCCACGAUGUUACAAUGGCUGAUAACGUUUCAGCGUCUAUUACUCGUGCACUCAAUCAUGCACCUAAUAGUGCUACAACCAAUGUGGUUGCUGGCCCAUCUAGACUCCGCUAA